AUGGAUGGAGAAAGUGAGUCGUCGAGAACCGGUUCGAUAGUUUCUGCUGUUCCGAGUACGUGGAAGGAUGAUGUGCCACAGAAAUUGGUCGAUACGUUUUGGAAGUCCUUUAAUUCAAAGUACCCGGGAAGGGUAUUGAAGGCUUUGCCGUACCGACCGGGCAAGACUGCUUCACAGCCUAUUUCGAAUAUUGCCCACGGUGAAGCUGCCCUUGAUUCGUACGAUCGUGCCAAACGCGAAUGCGAACACGCGGUGGACCGUAUUGUGAAACAGUGUUUGCGCAUUAACCAGAAGUAUACGGACCCUCAUUUCGACAUUGAAAGGGAUCUCAAGUCUGGUCAGCGAAAUUUCCUUGAUGGACUCCAGGGUGUGAAUUCGGAGAUGAAGCCGAAAGGUGUGAAGCGGGUUACGGACAUUUUCGAGAAACCAGAGUUCUACGUAAAUAAUGCCACUGCGAGUGAUGUUCGUCAGGGAAAUGAUGGCGACUACGGCGAGUGGCGACAUACAAUCAUCGACGAUAAGCUCUACCUCCGAGCCCCGGAUUAUGAAGAUGCGGCAUGGGAAAGGGAAGUCUGGGAUGAUAUUGGUCGCGCUGACACGGAGCUGAACUACCGAAAGACCUGGCAAACUGGUUCAAGGGCAUUAUAUUUUGCUCAAUGCAGCGACGACAACGAGACAUGGUUGCCAUUGCUGGAAAAGGCCUACGCAAAAGCGCAUGGUGAUUAUUCAAGUAUCGAAGGCGGGUUUGUUGGCUCCAUGGCUAGAGAAGCGGUUGAAGACCUUACCGGAGGCGUCACUUCUGAAAUUAUGGCUCGGGAUAUCCUUGACAAAGAAAGAUUUUGGAACGAGGAUCUCAUGAACGUCAACAAGAAAUUCGUCUUCGGAUGUGCCACUGGUCUGUAUGGUAGUUGGCUGUACCCUCAAUACUAUGGCUCUAAGGAGAGGUCUGGUAUACAUGAAUGUCACGCAUAUUCGGUCAUGGAUGCGAAGGAAAUCAAUGGGAAAAGACUGUUGCGUCUUAGAAAUCCUUGGGGUCAUAAGGAAUGGUCAGGGCCCUGGAGCGAUGGCUCUGAACAAUGGACACCUGAAUGGAUGAAUAUUUUGCAACAUAAAUUUGGAAAUGACGGACUUGACGAACGUUAUUUCAAGGGACUGGAAGGCCAGUACAAAUUCCAUCUGCAAUUCCGUCUUGAGAAAGAAGGCGAAGAGGACUAUGUCAUCCGCAAUCAAAAUAACAUUUACAUGACCCGCUCUGUAAGCACCGAUAUCACUUUGGAGCCCGGAACAUACACUGUUUUCGUACGAGUAAAGGCUACGCAAUUUAGCGAUCCUCCACCAGAAGAUGUUAUCAGAGAAAAAGCUAGCAAACAACGCGAGAAGCUUGUUCAAAUCGGACACUCGUACGAUUUGGCUCAUGCGAAGGGAGUGGAACUGGAGUCUGAGGAAGAGGAAGCGGAAAGGAAGAGAAGAGAGAAAGAGAAGAAGGCGGCGUUAAAGAAAAAGGAGAGGGAUCGUGCGGAAGCUCAGUUGAAAAAAAGAUGGAAAAGGGACAAAAAAAUUGCCGCCAGAGAAAACAGGAAGGCAAAAAGAGCUGCGCGGGCAACGGAGCAGAGGGAAACCAAGCUACAGGCUAAAAACGACAAGAAGCUGAAAGAGGGUGGGAAAAAAGUAGGACAAGUGGUGGAAAGUGAUGCGGAACGUACUGAUGGGAGCAAUCGGGAGGGAGGUGAGGAGGCGGCGGAAACUCCAAAGGCUGUAAAUCUGGAGAAUAAAAAUGAAGGCCUUACACCCCUAACGGGAGAUGCAAAUGGAAAACUUGAGGGAAAAGCCACGGAAAACAAUGACAAAGAUAUGGAAUCCUCAGAGGUGCCAAACCAAGGAAAGGAAGUCAGAGCAGAGGAAGACAAUAAAAUGAAAGGCGAGGACCUGAAGCCGUCAACAGAGGAUGCGAAGGUGAAAGAAGUACAGAAGGGUGAGGACAUGGAGAGAGAAGAUGAGGAAAAUAUCGAAUCCCACGCAGAUUCAGAGAACGCAAGUGACAAGGAAAAAAGGGAAAUCGAGAUGUCCACUACCUCCAAGCUUGCGAAAGGGACGGAAAACGAAAAGCAGAGAAAUGAACACCCCGGAAUGCCAGAAGAAAAUACUGAAUCUCUUCCUCAAAUAUCCCAAAAGUUGGAGACAGAUAGCGACACCGAUUCAGGAUCCGUUUUUGAAUUUGAUUCUGAAAUUGAUAUGUCACCGACCGAAGAAUCUGAAAGCGACAGUGAGGAACAUGAGAAGGACGACGAUGACAGCAAUGACGGCGAGUACAGCGUUAAGCCGCCAUGGAAUGCUGUAUGUGUAGUGGGACUUCGCGUUUGUUCCAAGGAUCGCGACUUAACCGUUAGUAUCGUGAAGCCGAAACCAUGGCAAGAACAUAUCGAAGUGCGGCGUGAUUGCGACGAUCCUGCCGUGGAAUGA